AUGAAGUCAAAGUCAUCGUUGUCCCUCGCGCUCCUCCUCCUCCUCUGCUGCUUGGACUCAAGCGUCCAGCAGAAGAAGUCCAAGAGCAAGCGGGGAGGAGGAGGGGACAGUGGCGCCAUCCUCAAGGCCAAAUUCGCUGCCCAGGAAGGAGCAGCAGCGCUGGACAAAGGGAACUUUCAACUGGCCAUGAGCAAGUACCAGAGGGCGGUUGAGAUGGACCCGGGGUAUUCAGACUACCACACUCAGCUCGCUACAGCCCUCCGGGCGAUGGGCAGGAAGGACGAGGCAGCGCGCUCAUACGAGGCCGCGAUCUCCAUGAUGGAUGAGCCCAGGAACAAGGCGGGAGGAGAUCAGUACUGGGCGGCUGUCCACAUCAACCUGGGAUACCUGUACGCGGAGGGGGGAGGAGGGGGCUUGUUCGAGGGCGCGAUGGCGCUGGCGGCAGAGAAGUUCAAGGUCGCCACUCAGCUGAUCCCGCAGUUCGGAGAGGCAUACACGUACUGGGGGAACGCGUACCAGGAGAUGGGGAGGUGGCAGGAGGCUCUCGAUGUCUUCAUGCUGCUGCUGGAGAGGGUGCCGGCCUCGUCGAUGGAGGUAGAGAAGCAGGCGACAGCUCACUUCCACAUCGCCAACUGCUGGGGGGCGCUAGGUAAGACGGACAAAAGUCUUGAGGCGUAUAAGGAGGCGACAAGGAUCAACCCCAAGUUUGCGGCCGCCUACACCAACAUGGGGACGAUCCACCAGGGGAGGAAACACAACGAGCUCGCACGGGAGUCGUUGGAGCUGGCGGUAAAGAUCGACCCGGAGCUGGCGGAAGCAUACACGAACCUGGGAAUCGCGAUCCAAGACCUCGGGGACUCGGAGACGGCAGUGAGGCUGACGGAGCUGGCAAUCCGGCUGAAGCCUUCCAUGGGGGCAGGUUACAACAACUGGGGCCGCGCGCUCGAGAACUCCCAGCAGCUAGAGAAGGCGCUGGAGGCGUACAAGCUUGCCUUGAAGCAUGGGAGCUCCUCCUUCGCGGACGCGUUCUGCGCCAAGGUCUACCUGGAGCACUUCCUGUGCGGAUGGAACACUCUAUCGACGGACAUGCGGCAAGUGUCGAAGUACCUUGAGGAGAACCUCCACCCCAGCCAGGCGAGCAACGAGCCGUGCGUCCAGCCCUUCCGCGCGUUCGCGUAUCCUCUCUCGCCCAUCCUGUUCAUGAAUGUGACCAAGAAGGUCGUCGACCAGGAGCGCGUGCGAGUGCCCGCAAAGUCUAUGUUCAAGACGAGCCCAGCUAGGCACCUGGACCCGCGGGUGGAUCGGCUGCGAGUCGGGUACAUGUCGGCAGACUUUGGGGGGCACACGGUCGGGUCACUGAUCCGCAACCUGCUGAAGAUGCACAACCGGCAUCGGGUCGAGAUCUUCGGCAUCGGGAUGAUGAAGGGGGAUGGAACAGAAUGGAACAUCGACAUGCAGACAAGCGUCGACCGAUGGCUGAACAUUCAUGCCAUGACCGAUCACGCUGCCGCCUUCGCGGUCGAUGCCCUCGAGGCUCACAUCCUGGUGGACCUCAACGGGCACAGCAAGGGGUCGAGGAUGGGGGUGCUCCUGCGACGGCCUGCUCCCAUCCUCAUCGCGUACCUCGGUUACCCCUCGACGUCCGGGGGGCUCGCCGACUUUCUGAUCGCCGACAAGUGGGUUGCGCCUCCUGAGACGGAGCACCUCUACUACGAGAAGCUCGUCUUUCUCCCCUACUCCUACUUCGUCAACGACCACCGCCAGCUCUACCCUCGCCCCUUCGAGCACUCUCCCACCCGCCAGGAGUACAAGCUGCCGUCCUCCGGCAUCAUCUUCGGGAACUUCGGGCAGCUGUACAAGGUUGAGCCGAGCCUCUUUGACGUGUGGGUGCGGAUUAUCAAGAGGACGAGUAACACGUCGCUGUGGCUGCUCAAGUUCCCCAAGGAGGCUGUGAAGCGCCUGCUCAAGGAGGCUGACAAGCGCGGACUGCCGCGCGAUCGGCUGGUGCUGACGAGUCUCCUGCCGAUUGACUCGCACCUGGCGAUCAAGGCGGUUGCUGACGUGGCACUUGACACCAACAUGUUCAACGGGCACACUACAGGAGCCGACACGCUCUGGUCGGGCCUGCCGCUAGUGAGCCUGUCGGGGGAGCAGAUGCGCUCGAGGGCGGGGGCGAGCAUGGCGUACGCGCUCGGGGUGACGCGAUGGCUGGCGAGGAGCCUGGAGGACUACGAGGAGAUCGCAGUGAGGUUGGCGUCGAAGCCAGAGGCGAUCAGGAGGGCGAAGGAGGAGAUGGAGGCCGGGAUUAGGGACUCUACUUUCUUCGACACGGCCUUCUGGGCCAAGGGCUUCGAGCGAUCCUGGUUCCUUAUGUGGGAAGCGUUCGCAGCAGAGGGGAAGGCGCAGAGCCACCACCUGGUUGCCAGCAGGGAGAGGCUGGAAGAGUACGGGAGCGACUGGGAGCCGCAAAACCUGAUGAUCGGAACAUCGCGGCAUCCUCGGAGACAAACCCCAGGGGGUCCCAAGGUACUGCUGGCUAUCGCCUCUUCCCACUGA